AUGGCAGCCCAGACCUCAGAUCAAGCUGUCAUUUCUUUCAAAGUUCCUCGAGCAGUUGCCGGAAACACUACCUCUAUUGCAGCUCAGUACGCUCGCGCAAAAGCUUUAAAAAGUACUUCACAAUCAGAGAUAAAUAGUGAAGCUCCAGCGGCAGACCACGCCGGAAUCGCUAAGGAUCCAAAAAAUGAAAUAAAAAUUAUCAACGAGAAGGCGCGAGAAAGUUUUAUCCACGAAUGGAAUUGGUUGGCCGGGUUUUUUUUGUGGUUAAUGAUUAUUCAUGGCUGUGGACUCUAUUUCUUUAGUCAAGGCUAUCUCCUCACACGGCUUGUUCUCCCGCAAAAAUCGGAAUGUAGCUCACCGCCUAUCGCCUUGCCUCAAUCAUUCAAAGGCGUCAGCACAUACGGUGCUGGAUGUUGGCACCCCAAAAGUUUUGAAAAGGCCAUCAUUAUUGUCAUAGAUGCGCUCCGCUAUGACUUCACCGUUCCCAAUCACAAAGAAUCUGAAGCGGCAUACUUUAAUGCUCUAACAGUUAUGUACGAGACUGUGGUUAGAGAACCACAAAACGCCUUUCUACUUCCAUUUAUUGCAGAUCCACCGACCACGACCAUGCAAAGAUUAAAAGGGCUAACGACAGGAACACUUCCAACCUUUGUUGAUGUAGGUAGUAGCUUUACUGGAGUCGUGAUUGAGGAGGACAAUCUUUUAUUACAGCUAAAGGAUGCGGGAAAAAAAAUUGUUCACCUCGGAGAUGACACAUGGACUGCGCUGUUUCCUCAAGUCUUUGAAGAGAAAAUAAGUAAGGCAUAUGAUAGCUUUAAUGUUUGGGACCUACACACUGUAGAUAAUGGUAUUACAGAACAUAUCAUGCCUCUACUCCAAAAUGACAAAAAAAAAGAGUGGGAUGUAAUUAUUGCGCAUUACUUGGGUGUAGAUCAUGCUGGUCAUAGAUAUGGGCCCAAUCAUCCAGCCAUGGCAUCAAAACUACAUCAGAUGGAUGCUAUCUUAAGAAAUGUGACAAGUGUUAUCGACGACAAGACCUUAUUAGUUGUCAUGGGUGAUCAUGGAAUGGAUGAAAAAGGAGAUCAUGGCGGCGAGAGUGACGAUGAGAUUCAGGCGGCGCUUUGGAUGUAUUCUAAAAAAGGAAUGUUCGGACGAACAAGUGCGGGGCAAUUACUACCGCCUCAGACUGCAAAAGAAAGACAUGUUAACCAGAUUGAUCUAGUACCUACAAUAGCCUUACUUCUCGGUAUACCCAUACCAUUCAAUAACCUUGGUCAGCCGAUUCAGGAAGCUUUCAUUGGCAAAAGGGGAAAUGACUGGGGAACUUUGGCGACUGUUGCGAGAAUUACCGCUGCAGGUACUAAACGAUAUCAGACAGCAUAUAAUUUAGCCCGUGGAAUGAAUGAUACACUCAUAGGGCAAAAUUUGGAUAAACUUUGGCUACUCGCCGAGCAAGCCUUCGUACGUGGUGGGAAGCAGAAAAAUCGAGAAGUAUAUGCAGCUUUUUCCGCCUUCUCCAAUGAAACUUUGACUUUCUGUCGAAGUAUUUGGGCUCAGUUCGAUGUCACCCGGAUGUGGCUUGGUAUUGGGGUAAUGGCUCUCGGCAUGCUCGUUUUAUUGCUCUUUGUUAAUGGCAAUUUUCGGGGUCAUUCGGUAGACUCGGAUCCAAAACUAAAUUGUAUAGCAGCAGAGCCAAAAUUAGAGAGCCAAAAUAGAGAUCAUACUUUUAUGACUAGCCAGACUAGCAGCAAGCAGGUGGUUCAAGGUACUAUCAUUAGUAGUCUUAUUGGACUAGUACUAGGGGCUGUGACGUUGAGAUUCGACAUUGGGGGCUCAGUAAUGGAUAAAGCUUUGUUUACAUUAGUAGUCUCAGGAACUCUUGGUGCUCUACAUCAAACAGUUAGAUUCCGCUGGAUGGCAAUAAGCAACUAUUUUCCAACGACAAUAUGGAGCUGGUUAUCGGUAAUCUUUACUCUCAGUCAGGCAUUUGGUUUUGCCUCGAAUUCAUAUACAAUAUGGGAAGACUCGAUUCUCCUCCUAUUCAUUUCAACUUUCGGUAUUGUGUCCAUGAUUUCGUCGCUUCGAAUUGAGAAGGCUUCUAACCGAGCUCUGGGCGUGUAUCAUUCAUUAGUUUUUACUCUUCUUGGUUGGGUUGCUUCAUACUCGAAGCUAUGCCGAGAGGAGCAAAUGCCAUAUUGUCGCUCUACUUAUUAUGCAAGUAGUACCACAUCUACCUCUGCAUCGUGGCAAUUGCUGCUUCCAUUUAUCGCUGCAAUUAUACUUCCUUCUAUAAUCAAAACUUUCUACCAAGGUAGUCUGUCUUACGAAGGGCUAGCCCCUCUAUGGAUUGGAUGGGCUUUCCGAAUCGGGCUAAUAUGUAACGCGGUUUUCUGGACAUUGGAUGCUGCAGACGAUGGCAAGUGGCUUCCUAGCCUAGAUCCUAUGCUUUUCAAGCAAAUACGUGUGGUUAUUGCACAAACCAUAUUUGCUGUUGUAUUAGGGGCAGGCUUGGCUGCCUUUGUUUACGCGCCCCCUUGUGUUUCUAUUCAAAUAUCUGAAAAACCGGCCUCAUCCACCGAAACGGUAGGCAAAUCAGGGUCAACGAUGACUAUAUUAGGAUUUGCUAACAUGCAUGGAACGCGAUAUUUUCUUCUGGUGCUAAAUUUGCUCGUCUGUAUUCUCUUGUUGCAAAAACCUAUGGGUGCAGGAGCACUAGCUCUUAUGAUUUGGCAGGUGCUCGCUCUUGCCGAAAUUCUUGAUCUCAACUCUCUAACCUCGUCCCCUGUUGGACCAGUCAUGCUUGCUCUACUGGGGUCCUUCUACUUCUUUAAAACUGGACACCAAACAACACCCUCUUCCAUACAAUGGGAAAGCGCUUUUAUUCCCCUACACACAGUUCGUUAUCUCUUUUCACCGUUGCUAAUUGUGCUCAACUCUUUCGGAGCACAGGCACUUUCUGCAUUAGCAGUACCAGGACUGGUCUUAUGGAAGCAAAAGCCCUGUGCAAAGCACCUCACACGUAGCGUCUUAUGUGCUCUCGCAUGGCAUAUCUCAUAUUACAGUAUCAUCUCGUUGAUGACAUCCAUUUGGGCCGCCUGGUUGCGACGACACUUGAUGCUCUAUCGUAUUUUUAGUCCCAAAUUCAUUACUAGCGCACUAGUUCUUUUGCUCGUUGAUAUAGUGGUGUUGCUUGCUCUGGUAGGGUUUCGAGCGAAUCGUCUGAGUAUUGGCUCGACCUUUGGCUGGAUCUCGGGUUAA